AUGCUAAUCUUGAGCCAGCCAUCAGAGCCGCCACAACAACAAAGAGAGCGGACUCGAGACUCCAGCAGAGGGGGAUGGGGAGAGGAGCGUCCCGAUCCCAAGUCUCUGGAAGAUCGACCGCAAACUUUCAGCUCGGAUGUGUGCAAGCAGCCGACAAGCGCUCUAUUCUCCACCAUCUCUGACAUCAGUGCUCAACCAGGUGCUGAUAGGAACAUCAAUGUCGAAUUUUUCUAUCGACAAAGAUGUGUUAAACCAGAGAGAUUUACGAAGUACGGAGUACUACAAAAGGAAUAA